AUGGCGGCCGCUUCAACGGAACCAAAGGUUGCCGCAAGCGAAGCCCAUGGUGACGCUGAAACGGAGGCAUAUUUCUGGGCUGUCCCGGUGGCUUGGUGUUACGAGCUAGAUGUCUUUGAUCAGCAAGUGUCGUGUUACUCAGCGACCAAUGCGCACGACCAUCGCUUUGAUGUGGUCCGAGUGGACGCGCCCAGCGCCUUGACGCGCAGCAUUUUGCAGGAGGGCGAGGCUACGGCGGAGUUCUCCUGGUUUCCAGGUUUCGCGUGGUCCAUGGCGCACUGUGCCAACUGCUACUGUCAUUUGGGUUGGGCCUUUGAAGCCGAGACGGCGCAGGAAGAACCAGACCCAGCUUCGAAGCCUGAGGUGGCUUUCUUCGGACUUGUGCUGACGAAGAUGCGGGAACAUCAACGGCUCGAAGAGGAGGUGACCCAACUCUUCGAACAGCGCGCCGCCCGGGGCGCAGCGGCCGCGCGGCCGCGCAGUGGCGCAACGUCGCCCAGGCGUGAACUCCGGGAUGGUUUGAUCUCCCUCGUGCAGACCAUACAGCAGACCUUCCGACACUUUCCACUGGAUGAGGCGAUGUUGACGUCUUUAGAUGAGACGCAACGGAUGCUGACUAGACACAGGCGAAUCCCCGAGGUCGUGGCCACGCCAUUGAGGCGCAGCACGACCUUGGAGGAUCCCAUGCGGCUCUUGCAGCGCUUGAGAAACAGCCUCCGCCGAGGAGCCCAGAAUGGUGGAGCUGAAGCAGAGCCGAGGCCCGAGGCAGACGAGGCGGAAACCACACGGGUCGACGCAGAGACUGAGGGAACGGAUGCACCCGGUAGACACACAGAAAACUUGGCUUGA